AUGGGCAAUGGUUGGGGAGGUUCUCAUGGUGAUUUGAGAUCUCCAAAAGUUCUCGGAUCGCCAUGGUCGCUUAGCGACAAAGAAAUUGCUCUCGUUGCUUUCCUGGACAUUGAGGGAGCCUUCGAUAAGGUCAACUCUACGGUUCUGGCUCGAGCGAUGAGAGAGUUUAAACUAGGUCAAACCCUAGAAAGAUUUACCACUAGGUUAGUUGGAAACCGAAUUGUGGAAGCGGAGGUACACGGCGCACAACUGUCGGCAGCUGUGAGCAGCGGCUGCCCUCAGGGAGGUGUACUGUCUCCCCUUCUAUGGUCCAUGGUGGUUGAUAGCUUACUAGUGCAACUUAACUCAGCGAACUUUUAUACACAAGGUUACGCUGAUGAUGUCUGCAUUGUCAUACGGGGGAAAUUUCUAUCUACACUGUGUGAUCUUAUGCAGAGGGCAUUAAGCAUCGUUGAAGGCUGGUGUUGUACCCGCGGUCUUAAGGUUAAUCCCGAAAAGACUGCUCUCAUCGCCUUCACGAAAAAGUACAAGCUGGAGGGGUAUAGGGCACCUAAAUUCUUUGGGAAAGAACUUACUCUGCAGAAAGAAAUAAAAUACCUUGGUAUUUUACUAGACCAAAGACUCACAUGGAAGAAGCAUCUGGAAGACCGUAUCACAUCGGCCACUAGAUCGUUUUUCUCAUGUCGACGUUUACUCGGCAGAUCUUGGGGUCUGUCGCCGAAAAUCACACUAUGGAUGUAUCAAGCCAUAGUCAGACCACUGAUCUCAUAUGGAGCUGUAGUAUGGUGGCCAAGAGUCCAAUACAAAAAUUCGGCCCUGGCGCUACAGCGGCUUCAGAGAUUAGCUUGUAUUGCAAUCACAGGAUCCAUCCGGACAGCCCCCACCGCGGCGCUGGAGGUCUUGUUGAGCUUGCCUCCGCUUCCGCUUUAUAUAAAGGCUGAGGCGGGUAAGGCAGCAGUAAGACUGCGUUCUGCAGGAACAUGGAAGGUCGGGUGUCACCCAGCGGGACAUGUUAAAAUCAUGGACGCAAUGGUUAAAAGGCACCCUGACCUUCUAAUGAGGGAAGAUUUCCAUCUUGGGGAUAGACUUCCUCAAAAGAAUUUAAAAACUGUGCUAAACACGAGAGCUGAGUGGAGAGACCGGGAAGGGGUCAUCAAUGAACUCGGUGCGGUUGCACUCUUCACAGACGGCUCACGGGUGGACGGCUCCUCUGGAGCCGGGUACCACUGUCCGGAACUCGGAAUUGGUGGGUCAGUGGCACUUGGCCGGUAUACUACUGUAUUCCAGGCCGAGGUCACAGCAAUCCUAAUUGGGGUUCAGACUCUGACUGAAUCUGGGGUUUCUGGCAGGAAAAUUAACAUAUUUUCUGAUAGCAGAGCUGCUUUGCUCUCUAUAUCGGGAAACAAAUCCCGCUCUUCGCUGGUGCUCGAGUGCCGGGAAAUGUUAGAAACGGUCUCACUUAAAUGUGAGAUCGGUCUACAUUGGGUACCUGGGCACUGUGGUAUUGCGGGUAAUGAAGAGGCUGACCGCCUCGCAGUGGCAGGAGCGAAGACCGAAUUUAUCGGUCCCGAGCCUGCCGUGGGAGUGUCGCCCCAAAUGAAGAAAACCAUCAUUGGGGAGGAUUUACUUGCACAACACCAAACCGUCUGGACGGCUACUACCAAAUGUCGCGUGUCCAAACUGUUCAUGCCACUUGUGGACAGAAAAAGAACGGAGUACUUGGUGAGCAAUUGGGUGUUGAGUGUAAUCCAAUCUGUAGAGGUUGUGACAACGCUGAGGAAACGGUCCUACAUUAUGUAUGUGACUGUCCCAGCCUUUACAACACCAGGCGAGCGCUACUUGGAAAAGUGGUGCUAG